AUGGCAGUCCUCAGAAACCUCAACCGCCGUGAAGCGACAGCUGCCGGAACCGGUGUGGCCAGCUUGGGGUUGCGAUACGGAGACUGUUUGCGUGACACCCCCCUCCACCUCCGGCCUCCUCCCGCCGCGUGGUUGCCGUGGCAACGGAAGAGAGCCGGCGACCUGGGUUCCGGAAGCCCGAGUGCUAGAGCGUGGAAGCUACCCUGGUCCAAGGAUGCUGAGUCCCGAGCGCCUAGCCCUACCGGACUACGAGUAUUUGGUUUUAACAGUGUAUGUCAGGGAACUCACAUUCUCUUUCGGGAAUUCAGCUUCAUCCAGGCCACCCCGCACAAUAGGGCAUCAUUCUUACGGGCCUUCUGGAAAUGCUUCCGAACUGUGGGCAAAAAUGGCGAUUUGCUGACCAUGAGAGAGUAUCACUGUUUGCUGCAACUGCUGUGCCCGGAUUUCCCACUGGAGCUCACUCAGAAAGCGGCCAGGAUUGUGCUCAUGGAUGACGCCAUGGACUGCCUGAUGUCUUUUUCAGAUUUCCUUUUUGCCUUCCAGAUCCAGUUUUACUACUCAGAAUUCCUGGAGAGCGUGGCCGCCAUCUAUCAGGACCUGCUGGCGGGCAAGAACCCCAAUACGGUGAUUGUGCCGACGUCAUCCAGCGGGCAGCACCGUCAGCGGCCCCCUUUGGGUGAGGCGAGCCUGCUGGAGGGAGUGGAGGCCUCGCUGUUCUCCCAGUGCCUGGAGAACUUGUGCGACCGGCACAAGUACAGCUGUCCACCCCCAGCGCUUGUCAAAGAGGUACUAAGCAACGUUCAGAGACUGACCUUCUACGGAUUCCUUGUGGCUCUUUCAAAGCAUCGUGGAAUCAAUCAAGCCCUAGGAGCUUUGCCUGACAAAGGGGACCUGACGCACGACCCAGCCAUGGAUGAGGAGCUGGAACGGCUGCUGGCCCAGAUCCCAGGCCUGGUCAACUCGGCCACUGCCAACCCAGAGGCCGGCUGCCUGCCUUCCCGGACCCCUCCCCGGGUUGGCUCUCCCUGGAGGCCCCUCCAUCACGCCCGCAAGGUGGAAGCAGAGAGCGAUGGCUCCACUGAAGAGACGGACGAGUCUGAGACUUGAGGCGUCUGAAGGGUCCUAUCCACAGCACCCGUUUCCAGCUCCCACCCCGCCCUUGGGACUCCCACCCAACCUCCUCCCCCACUCCCAUGCCAUGCUGCCCUCUGCUGGCGAAAAGCCUGAACAACAGCCCAAGCCCAGAGACCAGCCGAGGGGUUCCGGUAUCAUCAGCCGAGUCAAGCAGUGACCCUGAAAAGUAACAGUCUACUCUCCUUGGCCCCGUCAGCCUCUCCACUUUAGUCACGACCCAAGCUGACAGCAGACCGAGCGGACGCCAUCAGGAAGGUGACUUUUGCUGACAGUCCCCACCACGUAAGGGUGCUCUUCUCACAGCAACAUUAGGCAGGGGAGACCAUGAAUAACCGUGCGGGGCCUCGUAUGGCCAAGGGCGACACCUGUGGUGCAAGUGUAGGGUGGACAUACACAUGGUGGCCUUCUGCUGGAGGAAGAGCCACUGGCAUGAUAGGAUGAAGGGUUGGCAAGAAGACAAGUCCACUUCCAAAAACUGCUCCGAGUCCCCUCUGUGUCUAACAGUUGAACAUGUUAAAUGAAUAAAGUCCCUUGUAUC